CAACGUUGUGUGGUCACUUCCGGAGCCAUGGCGGUUGUGUGCUGUUGGGGGCUGUUGGCUCCUCUCGGUGGGCGGUUGCUGGCCGGCCAGCGGGCUCCUUUAUUGUCCCGCUCUGUUGCUGCUGCCGCCGCGCCGCUCUACGAUGUGGUGGUGUCUGGUGGGGGCAUGGUCGGGAGCGCCAUGGCCGCCGUGCUCGGGCAUGCUAUCCACUUCCAUGAUAAGAAGAUCGCUUUGCUGGAGGCUGGUCCUCGGAAAGAAUACAACCAUGUGCCAGACACCUACAGUAACAGGGUCAGUUCUAUCUCCCCAGGAUCAGCAACCCUUCUAAGCAGUUUUGGUGCCUGGGAUCAUGUCUGCAGCCUGAGAUUCAAACCAUUCCAGCGAAUGCAGGUGUGGGAUGCUUGUUCAGAAGCCAUGAUCGUUUUUGAGAAAGAUGACUUAGAUGACAUGGGUUAUAUAGUGGAGAACGAUGUCAUUAUGUCUGCUCUCACAAAACAGUUAGAUGUAGUAGCAGACCGGGUGGAGGUUUUCUACGGGAGCAGAGCAGUGGGGUAUACGUGGCCCCUCCCCUCUCACAGCUGUGGCACAAGCCCUUGGGUCCAAAUUGAGUUAGCUGAUGGACGCAGACUUCAGGCCAAACUGCUGAUCGGUGCAGAUGGUCAUAACUCCGUAGUCCGGAAGGAAGCUGAAAUUAGGAACAUUGAGCAUCAGUAUGACCAGUCAGCUGUGGUGGCAACUCUUCAUUUGUCUGAGGCCACAAACAAUAACGUAGCAUGGCAGAGGUUCCUUCCUACAGGGCCAAUAGCACUUCUUCCGUUGUCUGACACUGCCAGCUCUCUGGUCUGGUCUACGUCUCAUGAACACGCAUCAGAACUUCUUGCUAUGGAUGAGGAAAGUUUUGUGGAUAGCAUCAACUCUGCCUUCUGGAGCAAUGUAAACCACUCUGACUUCAUUGACACUGCUGGGGCCAUGUUCCGAUCUGCUCUUUCAUUCUUGAGGCCCUCAGGGAGUGCAGUCCGUCAGCUACCCCCAAGCAUUGCUAAAGUGGAUCCAGAGAGCCGAGCCAUGUUCCCUCUUGGAAUGGGGCAUGCAACAGAGUAUGUCCAGCACCGCGUGGCCCUGAUAGGGGAUGCAGCACACAGAGUCCACCCACUUGCAGGACAAGGUGUAAACCUGGGCUUUGGUGAUAUUGCAUGUUUAGCUCAUCACCUCAGUGCUGCAGCCUUCAAUGGGAACGAUCUGGGGUCCUUAAAACAUCUCUUAAAGUUUGAGACAGAGCGUCAGAGGCACAAUGUCUCCUUGAUAGCUGCUACUGAUGUCCUAAAGAGGCUUUACUCCACGAAGCUGGCUCCCUUGGUAUUGCUGAGGACGUGGGGAUUGCAAGCAACAAAUGCCCUGCCUCCUGUCAAAGAGCAAAUCAUGGCUAUUGCCAGCAAGUGACAUGCUGUCAGUUUGGAACAGCAGCUUACCUGUGAACACGUUGCCCUUACAAGGCAAAUGACUGACUUGAAUCCUUGAAUUAUGUUAUUUUAAUUUGACAAUAAAACUGUCAACCAUGGGUUUAUGCAAAAGUUGUGUCUCAUCUGCUCUCCUCAAGAGGAUUUAGGGUCUCUUCCUGUAGUACCAUGAUGUCUUCAGCCCAGAACAAUCUGUACAAUGUGCUUUCAAUUUGGGCAUCUUGGGUUGAAGACUGAGGUGGAAACAGUUGCAAACCCAGUGCUGAACUGUGCCAGCUACAAUUUUUACUGCUUAAUUACUUUUGGUUUUCUCUGACUUGAUUUCUAGAGCUGCAACAUCACUCCGGGGGCUCUUAGCACUGCCUGGACUCAGAAAGGAGGGGUAGUGUUUAGCGGAGGGAGACAGCUCAUGGUGGCAGAUGUUUAAAGCUUUAAUCUGUCUCUCACCCUUUUCCCUGCUCUUCUCUUAGUGUAUUAUUUAAUAAUGAGGUUUCUUGUGGAACAGUCUUAAGGGCUGCAUGGAAAAGAGAUGCAAACUAACAAUAAUAUCUAGGAAAGAAAAGUGUACCACAACAUGUUGAAUAUUGUUAAAAAUGCUUUAAUUACUAAAAUAGACUUUCAAAAUAUUCUGUUUUAGGUUCUAAACACCAGCCUCCUGGGUUAGGCAUUUGACACUCAUAAAAUUAAGUGAGUACUGCCCAUGGGCAAGAUUUUCACAUCUGGUUGACCAGUAUCAGGAAUUAACAGCAGAAAGAAUGAAACUUAUGUUUUGAACUGAAAGCCAUUACUUGUGCUUGUUCAGUCACUCAUAUUAGGCAGUUCCUGUUAGUAAUUGGCUAAAAGGCAUUAUGAAGGAGGAGAGAAAAAACAGGGCUGAAAGUAUAACUCUUCUCUUAAAAGGCUGCUUAAGUCUUUAGUUAAGCUAAUAAAUAAUCUCAUUGCACAACGGUGUGAGGAAUUGACUGGCUUCUAUAGUUCCCCCACCCACAUUGAGUAGUUCAGAUGUAAACAGCAGGGGCUCAAUGCUGCCAUUUCUGGCAAGAAAAAUCUUUGAGCAGAGCUCCUGUUUCUCUCAUGACUGCAAGAUCAGGCCCCUGAUAGAAAGCAGCAGUUUUGUUUCUGUUAAUGAAUAGUGCCACUGACAAAGGAAGGCCCUGAGCAUUCAGAUUUAAUGCAACUUUGGUACUGGGAAGCUGAUGCUCCCACCUAGCAUCUGUAGUAGCAAAGUCUGAGGCAAAGAACACAGAAAAGAAACUUGGUACCUGUCCUGUUCUAGACCAUCCUCCCUUCAGACAAAAUCAAACCCAUAAGUACGCCUCAGGGCUAAUGUCUCUUCAGUUGGCGGAAAUGCUGCUGCUGCUUGUCCCUUUCCCUUCCUGUUUCAAAUACAGCCUCACUGCUUACAGCUUUCAGCCCCAGGAUGUAGUAAGAGUGUGUCAUAGUACUGGCUCAGACAGGAAGAAGACUCUGUGAUUAUUAAAUUAGCUAGUUCUCAGGAGUAAUGCAGGGCUGCUGGCAACCACUGCAUCCUGUUUUGUGUUCUCUGAGAAUACAAAAGUGAAUACAGUUGUUCACUGAAGACAAAAUGAAUGCACCUGCAGUCACCUUGUGCAGACCACAUGAUAAACUAAGUUUUGCUGAGCAGUAGGAAGGGGCUUAAGAAAUGUUUGUGGUUGAGAAGAGGACACAACUACUUUCUUCAAACAGAACCUCCCAGUGAGGAAGGAACAGAAGAUUGGUGUGACACUGAGGAAUUUCCCACCAUGGAUUUCAAAACAGAUUCUGGUAAGGGGGAGCACAGGUAGGAUGAGCAUUUCGUGUUUCAAAGAAACAGCCUGAAUUUACAGCAAAGUGUCAGGGGUGGGGCAAAUACAGGUGGCUCCAUCCCCAGCCCUUGAACUCCUGCUGCUGACUGAGCUUGUUCAAUCAAAAGCAGGCCUUGCACCCUAGUGCCAUCAAACCUGAGAUAGAAGGAGAAAGCUUGAUCAGCUACAGUCAAACCUGUCCUGCUAAUUAGAGGAAGGUACAUGGUGUUCACGGUAAGGCAAAUUCCUAAGUCUCCAAACUGCUUGGCAAGAUCAGGAAGGGCACGAGUGCACUACUUCCUUCCAUUGCUGGGAAUUACCAACUACUCUCAAAUCCAGUCUGCAGAGAAGGUAUCUUGAGGGCAGUCUUUGGUUUUACAGAAGAGGGAAAGGUGUGUUACGGCAAACAGGUAACUGCAAAUGCCUGACU